AUGGUCGUAACAACCAUACAGCUUGUCUCCCUCCUUGCGGGCCUCAUCAGCCUUGCCGUCUACGUAACUACACGUCACAUCCAGCUGUCUCAAGCCCGCCGGUCCAGGACCUGGCCCAAACCACCACCCUUCCAAGCAGAGACCCGACUCCCUCAAAAUGAGUACUACCUCUUGGUCCUCGGCUCAGGCGGCCACACCAAAGAGAUGCUCAUGAUGAUGGACGACGGCACCCGCGACUUUGGCAACUCGCACCGUCGCUAUCUCAUUUCCAGCGGGGACAAAAUGUCGCUCAAUCACGUAGAGGACUAUGAGGCGGAAUUGAAGGCGACGUCUGAAAACCCGGGCACCUACGACACCCGCGUCGUGACCCGGGCUCGCAGGGUUCACCAGCCGCUUUGGUCUACGCCGUUUUCUGCCCUGCGAAGCGUCCUCGACAUCUUCCCCGUCUUGCUGUCCCCGCCGAAGAACGAGGUUGGAAGGCAGCUCAAGUACCCAGGGAUUGUCUUUUCGAAUGGUCCGGCGACGGGCUUCUUUGUAGCACUGGCGGUGCAUUUGCUGAAGCUCUUCUGGGUGGUGCCGGAUGACCGCUUGCGCUUCGUGUACGUGGAGAGCUGGGCGAGGAUCGCGACGCUGAGCCUGACCGGCAGAUUGUUGUAUUAUACCGGCUUGGCGGAUGCCUUCUACGUGCAGCACGGGGAGGUUGCCGAGCGGUAUGGCCUUGUGAAUGCCGGGGAGAUGGUGUUUAAUUCACGGAGGGCCAGGCAGACUCGGCCUGGCUUGGAUCGCCAGUAG